AAUACUGUAUGUUACAAAUAUUCCAUGUCAAAACAAUUCAAAACACUGCCACGAUUUGAACAUUUGUGUAUUGCUGCCCUUAACAAUGUGAUAAGAUCUUUUCAAACGGAGAUAUGUUUCGUGUUCAGUAUGUUUGUGUGUAAUCCCGCGCUGAGGUACAUCUCACGCGCGUCUGUUGCGUUCGUCGUUCGGUCUGACGCAGAGUUCAGACCAGCUGACCUGGAGAGUCGCGACCCGAGAUAAACCCUUCAGAGCAAGAGAGAUAUGAGCAGCAGUUUACAGAGGAGGACAGACCCCUGCGUUAUACAAGGAGGACAUCACUUCUCUUCUUACGUGCAUCUUCCGAUUUUAAGAACCAUUAAGCGUUUUACUGGAAGGUGAGCCUGUAAACGCCUCAAUUUUAUCUCCGCCAUCAACCACUAGGGGGAGCUAAAGUUCUUCAGGAAGGCAACAAAGAGAGUUUCUCGAAUACCAACAUUACAAGACCUGUGAGUGUCUUGAGAUUUCACACAUUCAUUAAGCCCCUGACUCACAGCAUGAGGGACCAAAGUGUCACGCUGACAGAACAGAGAGUGAUGUACCCUGAAGGAGUAACUGAUCCAGUCAGUCAGGAUGGUGCUAUAUCCUUCACAGAGGAAACAGUGUCCAGCAGCAUGCUAGCUGGAUCUUUUCUCAUCCACCCCAGAGGUCUGAGACGCCGAGAAAGUUCAGAGACCGUCAGCGGUAUCACACUGCGUCGCAAACGUGAUUCUAUCCCUGCCGAGAACAAAGAUGAAGGUUAUUGGGAAAAGCGCAAAAAGAACAACGAAGCUGCCAAGCGCUCGCGUGAGAAACGCCGCAUCAGCGACAUGGUGGUAGAGAACAAAGUUCUGGCUCUUCUUGAGGACAACGCACGCCUGAAAGCUGAGAUACUGGGACUUAAGUUCAGAUUCGGUUUGAUCAAAGAUCCCACAGAUUCACCAGCACAGAUCUGCUCACAUGGUUCAUAUAACCAAACGUUUCCAGCAGUACCCUGCUACGGCACCAACACAAACCCACAACCUAGACAUGAACACCUGUUAUCGAUCUCACAGCAAAACUAUGAGCACUUCAUCCCUGGAGGAUCAAGCAUUGGAAGCCCAGGGCUCUCAGAUGAUGCUGUAGGUGAACAUAUUAGAGGACCUUAUAGAGGUGACGACCAUCCAGGUCGUAUCGCAGAAGUGGAUGCCAAUUCAGGAUGGCAAGAGAACAAUAUGAAAGGUCUUCCUCAUAAACUGCGUUUCAAGACGCCAUCGAGAAUUGAAGGUGCUGAAGUGGAAAAUCUCUCCUCUUCACAGUCUCAGUCUACAGCUGAGUGUGAGUGGACAGAGGGUUUCUGGAGGCCACAGACACACACAGAGCCAUCAGCUUGUUCAACAGCACACCAGAAUAACUCUUCAAUUCACAGAUGUACAGAAAGUCACAGUGCUAUCAGCUUCCAGCUUAGCGCUUUGACUGAAGAAGUGGCCGAGCUCAAAAAACUGCUCUCUCAGAAGCAGCAGUGAACUGAGAUCAAAUCUGUAACACAUGACUUCUGACCUAUCUAAAGAAAGAAGCUCCUUUUUCUGAUUCUUACAAACAAAUAUGAGAAGCCAGCUGAUUUUCACUGGAAAAGUAUUUUCAUUCUUGUGAAAUUUUCACAUGCCUGUCUGCGCAACUAGUAAUGUUUAUGACGUGCUAGAUUAAAUGAGAAAUAGUGUGAAAAGAAAGCACUCCUGUUUUCUCUUGUAUACGGUUGUGGCAUAUUGUGCUUUGUUUAACAUUCAACAUUAAACUUUUACAAUGAAAUAAAAUUGAAA